AUGGUGAGUCUUUGUCUCCUUAUUUAUUUCUCUUUCUUGCUCAGGGCUCGCAAAUCUUUCUCCCAAAUAAGAACAGUGAUGGGCAAACUCCCCAAAACCACUCGACUGUAAAUUGUUCUGACGUUGAUGAGUUUAUGAAUCACUUCUGGAGGCAGGGGAAAGCUCCAAUAGUUCCUUCCCAGCUUGUUACAUUGGUGCCACAGACAUGAUUUCAUGGCCACAUGGGGAAUGUGGUUUCAGCCAUGCUGGAGGGCCACACACACAUCCUUAUCGUGCCCCCCAUCCCAUGCCUAGGUGAAGACCCCUUGAAUGCAGGAAACAGUCUACCUUAACUUCUGUUGUUGUUUUUCCGCACAGCAUUCUUGACAUGCUUCUCCUUUUAUGCUUCCUUCCAACAGUCCUUGGUCCAGUCCAGAAAAGCUGGUAUCACAUCAGCACUCGCAUCAAGCACUUUAAACAAUGAAGAGCUAGUAAGUGUCCCAGUUCCUCCUUUUUUAUACACAUAUAUGCUCUUGGGUGGUUCUUUUGUGUUAGGAGAACUUGUCCUGGUGAAGGAAUGGGUUUCUGUGCAGUCAGUCUGAAACGGGACCCAAAAUCCACAUUUUUCCUCCUCCAAGGGAGCAUUUCUAAAAUGCAUUAACUUGAGCACUUGAGUCAAUGUAUAAACAGAAAGACGGCUGUAUAAACAAGUGCUCAAAGCCCUCUCCUUUAUCAGUCCGUGACGGCAAUGGAUGGCCUUGCCAGUUCCGAGUGGAGCAGGGAUGGCACGUCUGGGUCUUAUCUUACAUCCUGACCACAAAGACGCACAGACCUUGUCAGGUCUGACAAGAGACCCGGGAAUGGUGCCAGGAAUGUUCUCAGAGUUGAUGACCUCCUGCCCCAAGAUAAGAGUAUAGGAACAGGAACAACCUUUUAUGGUCAAGAGUACCAUUCGACUCCCGGAACCGUUCAAAAACCAAGGUGCGGCUUCCGAUUGGCUGCAGGAGCAGCCAAUCGGAAGCUACGAUGGACGUUUGGCUUCCAAAAAUUGUUCAAAAACCAGAACACUCACUUCCGGGUGUCGAUCGUCCAGGAGCCGAUUUGUUUGGGAGCCAAGGCGUUUGAGAUCCAAGGUAUGACUGUAUUCACUAAACCAUUUCCGUUCUUUUAUAAAGAGUCGAGAGAGUGUGUCACACAGCCAGAUCCCGAGCGUGUGAUUUUCGUUGUCUCCCUCCAGAAAAACCAUGUUUACAAGAAGACCCUCCAAGCCUUAAUCUACCCCAUCUCUUGCACAACCCCCCACAACUUCGAGGUGUGGACCGCCACAACGCCCACCUACUGUUACGAGUGCGAGGGUCUGCUCUGGGGCAUUGCGCGCCAAGGCAUGCGGUGUACAGAAUGCGGAGUCAAGUGCCACGAGAAGUGUCAAGACCUGCUCAACGCCGACUGCUUGCAAAGUGAGGAGGGGGUGCCUUGUUCUCUUGGGUUUGUCCUGGGGUCGGAGGCUGUAGAGUUCUGUCUGAACUGAGAGCAAUAAAAUACACAGCUUACGUUUCCAAAAUCUGCAGCUUCUCACCAUUGAUAGUCGCAAAGCAUUUUGCCCCGCAGUUAGCAAAGGCGAUCUGCCAAUAAAAAUAAUACAAUGUCUUUUUUUAUUACCAUCAUUGUAUUAUUAUUAUUAUUAUUAUUAUUAUUAUUAUUAUUAAAAGAUCAUAAUGAGAGUCUCCUAGAUUAGGCCAAUGCUGUAUCUAGAUGGGUGGCGCUGUGGUCUAAACUACAGAGCCUCUUGGGCUUGCCGAUCAGAAGGUCGGCGGUUCGAAUCCCCGCGACAGGGUGAGCUCCCGUUGCUCGGUCCCUGCUCCUGCCAACCUAGCAGUUCGAAAGCACAUCAAAGUGCAAGUAGAUAAACUCUGGCGGGAAGGUAAACGGCGUUUCCGUGCGCUGCUCUGGUUCGCCAGAAGUGGCUUAGUCCUGCUGGCCACAUGACCCGGAAGCUGUACGCCGGCUCCCUCGGCCACUAAAGCGAGAUGAGCACCGCAACCCCAGAGUCGUCUACGACUGGACUUAAUGGUCAGGGGUCCCUUUACCUUUACCUUUAGUCCUAACUUAGAGUACACCCCCCCUUCCCAUUGAAACCAACGGGCAGGACCAAAACAUGCACACUUGUUUCAACGAAUCUGCUCUGUUGUUGUUUAGUGGUUUAGUCGUGUCCGCCUCUUCGUGACCCCCUGGACCAGAGCACACCAGGCCCUCCUGUCUUCCACUGCCUCCCGCAGUUUGGUCAAACUCAUGUUUGUAGCUUUGAGAACACUGUCCCACCAUCUCGUCCUCUGUUGUCCCCUUCUCCUUGUGACCUCCAUCUUUCCCAACAUCAGGGUCUUUUCCAGGGAGUCUUCUCUUCUCAUGAGGUGGCCAAAGUAUUGGAGCCUCAGCUUCACGAUCUGUCCUUCUAGUGAGCACUCAGGGCUGAUUUCCUUAAGAAUGGAUAGGUUUGAUCUUCUUAGGCACAACCUAUUGUUCUGCUGUGUAACAGCUCUUCCCGCUUCUAUGAAAUGUAAAACAGGUUUCCUAAUGCGUGGAAUAAUCAGAAUGCAUUGCAGUGACCCAUCCACAGCAAAUUUCUCUCUCUCUGUCCAGGGGCGGCUGAGAAAAGUUCCAAGCAUGGGGCCGAAGACCGCACACAGAAUAUUAUCAUGGUGCUGAAAGAUCGUAUGAAGAUCCGGGAGCGCAAUAAGCCCGAGAUCUUUGAGCUGAUCCAAGAGAUCUUUGCCGUCUCCAAGACCACUCACACCCAGCAGAUGAAAGCUGUGAAGCAGAGUGUUCUGGAUGGGACCUCAAAGUGGUCUGCAAAGAUCAGCAUUACAGGUACGUCAAGCCAGUGGCCGUUUAUACAGACAGGCAUGUAGAUAUGCGCAAACACAGAGAGCCAGAUGAGCAUAGAGAAAUCUUCUUUGGUGAUCCCUUGUAGCCCAGUAAUAUAAUAAUAAUAAUAAAUUUUUAUUUAUACCCCGCUUGGACCACUGCAAUGAGCUUUAUGUGGGGCUACCUUUGAAGGUGUCCCGGAAACUGCAAUUAAUCCAGAAUGCGGCAGCUAGACUGGGGACUGGGAGUGGAGACCACAUAACACCGGUCCUGAGAGAUCUGCAUUGGCUCCCAGUACGUUUCCAAGCACAAUUCAAAGUGUUGGUGCUGACCUUGAAAGCCCUAAACGGCCUCGGUCCAGUAUACCUGAAGGAGCGUCUCCACCCCUAUCAUUCUGCCCAGACACCUGGGUCCAUCUCCGAGGGCCUUCUGGCUGUUCCAUCAUUGCGAGAAGUGAGGUUACAGGGAACCAGACAGAGGGCCUUCUCGGUGGUGGCGCCCACCCUGUGGAACACUCUCCCUUCAGAUGUGAAGGAAAUAAGCAGCUAUCUUAUCUUUAAAAGACAUCUGAAGGCAGCCCUGUUCAGGGAAGUUUUUAAUAUUUAAUGCUAUACUGUUUUUAACACUUGAUUGGGAGCCGCCCAGAGUGGCUGGGGAAACUCAGCCAGUUGGGUGGGGUAUAAAUAAUAAAUUAUUAUUGUUGUUUCCACCCUCAUUUUUCUCUCUUUGUGUUUUGUGGCUGUUUUUUGGGGGGUCACCCCCGGCCGUGGGUGCGCAUGAAACCCAUUGAAACGGCACUCGGCUGCGCAUGGGAUCGCUCGACCAGUGGUUUGCGCGCAAGGGCUGCAGGCGAAGGACAAGACCGGGUCCAGCGACCCGUACGUCACCGUCCAGGUCGGGAAGACGAAAAAGAGGACCAAAACCAUCUACGGCAACCUGAACCCGAUCUGGGAGGAGAACUUCCACUUGUGAGUUGAUAUCCCGGGGUCCUCAUCUCUGUUAUUGUUGUUGUGUAGUCGUUUAGUCGUGUCCGCCUCUUUGUGACCCCCUGGACCAGAGCACGCCAGGCCCUCCUGUCUUCCACUGCCUCCCGCAGUUUGGUCAAACUCAUGUUCGUAGCUUCGAGAACACUGUCCCACCAUCUCGUCCUCUGUCGUCCCCUUCGCCUUGUGCCCUCCAUCUUUCCCAACAUCAGGGUCUUUUCCAGGGAGUCUUCUCUUCUCCUGAGAUGGCCAAAGUCUUGGAGCCUCAGCUUCAGGAUCUGUCCUUCCAGUGAGCACUCAGGGCUGAUUUCCUUCAGAAUGGAGAGGUUUGAUCUUCUUGCAGUCCAUGGGACUCUCAAGAGUCUCCUCCAGCACCAGAAUUCAAAAGCAUCCAUUCUUUGGUGAUCAGCCUUCUUUACGGUCCAGCUCUCACUUCCAUACAUCACUACGGGGAAAACCAUAGCUUGAACUAUACGGACCUUUGUUGGCAAAGGUCUCGUCUCUACCAUAUAGCAAAUCAUAUAGCAAAUCAUAUAGCAAAUCUGGGGUUCCCAAACUGCAGUCCGUAGACUGCCGGCAGGUCCACAGGCUUCAUUCAAGGAGCCCAUGCUUACAGUUCAAAUUAAUUAGGCUUCUAUGGCAUGCAGGAUGUGAUGCAAUAUAAGAAAUAAAAGAAGCAACAGAAAAUGCCAUGAAGAUCCAGACAGCAUCUAGCUGGUCCACUGAGACUGUCAGCAAUUUUCAAAAGGUCUAUCAGUCAGUGGAAGUUUGGAGAUCGCUCAGUUAGAUGCAGCAAGAGAUGAACCUUUCACCCAGUGUGGCAAAGUGGUUAGAGCGUCAGACUAGGACCUGGAGGUAAAAGGUAAAGGGACGCCUGACCAUUAGGUCCAGUUGUGGCCAACUCUGUGGUUGCGGCGCUCAUCUCGCUUUAUUGGCUGAGGGAGCCGGCGUACAGCUUUCGGGUAAUGUGGCCAGCAUGACUAAGCCGCUUCUGGCGAACCAGAGCAGCGCACGGAAACCCCGUUUACCUUCCCGCCACUGUUGUCUGAUCUUAUGGUGUUUAGUGUCACUGGCUUUGGCCGCAAUAAACUUGAACUUGAACCUUCCCGCCAGAGCGGUACCUAUUUAUCUACUUGCACUCUGAGGUGCUUUCGAACUGCUAGGUGGGCAGGAGCAGAGACUGAGCAACGGGAGCUCACCCCGUCAUUGCAGGGAUUCGAACCGCUGACCAUACUAUCGGCAAGUCCUAGGCACUGAGGUUUUACCCACAGCGCCACCCGCGUCCCUUAGGACCUGGAGACCAGGGUUCAAAUCUUCACUUGGCCACAAAGCUCACUGGGCAGUCUUGGGGCAGGCACUGUCCUUUAGCCUGACCUACCUCGCAGGGUUAGGGAUGCGGGUGGCGCUGUGUUGUUAAACCACAGAGCCUAGGACUUGCCGAUCAGAAGGUCGGCGGUUCGAAUCCCUGCGAAAGGGUGAGCUCCCGUUGCUCGGUCCCAGCUCCUGCCCACCUAGCAGUUCGAAAGCACAAAGUGCAAGUAGAUAAAUAGGUACCACUCCAGCGGGAAGGAAAACGGCGUUUCCAUGCGCUGCUCUGGCCUAAUGGUCAGGGGUCCCUUUACCUUUACCUUGCAGGGUUAUUGUGGGGCGUAAAGCCACGGAGGGGUGGGGAAGAACCACACACCCCACCGUGAUCUCCCCGGAGAAUAAGUUUUGCGGGGGGGACUCCGGGAACCGUAGCCCUGCGAGCUGAAGAUCUCAAACAGCUCUCGUUCGUGACAUUCCCUUCUUCUCCCGCAACAACAGUGAAUGCCAUAACUCCUCCGAUCGAAUCAAGGUGCGUGUCUGGGACGAAGACGACGACAUCAAGUCUAGGGUGAAGCAGCGCUUUAAGAGGGAAUCCGACGACUUCCUGGGCCAGACGAUCAUCGAGGUGCGGACGUUGAGCGGGGAGAUGGACGUCUGGUACAAUUUGGGUAAGCGACUGCGAAGGCGGCAGGGGCAGUCCCCUGAACUGUUGAGUCCCAAGACCCUGGGGGUAUUGUACUCCUACUGCCAGCGGACUACAGACUGCGUGUGAUCGAGAUCGCAAGUCACUGUGUGCAUUAUCCCAUAAUCUUUGCUUUAACGUCUUUAGGGUGCCUUCAUAACCCAGGUAAUAGAGUUGGGGGGGGGGUGACAGACCAAUAGAGGUGGCUUUUUUAGCCAUGGUUUUCUGCCAUUUGCUGGUCAGGUGUUGGUACAAACCCUUCCCUAGAUCAAACCCUGAAAUCCUGAGCCCAUGUUUUAGGGCAGCCCACCACGCUUUGGUUGAAAUUGGGUAUUCACCAGCUUCUAACAGAAGUAUGGAGUUGGGGACACAGUUGGGUACCUGCAGCAGAGAUCGUAGAAAUUUUGCCUGAAAGCCAUCAUUAUCAGGCAACUCGUUCUCUGCACACCUGCGCGACAUAACUGACCUUUCUCCAGACACGAUGCCUGCUACCAAAUUCUCCCCUGGACUGUUUCAGAUAAGCGGACGGACAAAUCGGCCGUCUCUGGGGCGAUCCGGCUGCACAUCAGUGUGGAGAUCAAAGGCGAGGAGAAAGUGGCGCCGUAUCAUGUGCAAUACACCUGCCUACAUGAGGUAAGUAGGGUACACGAGGCCUUGAUGCCCGUGCUGUUCUGGGACAGAUCCACACCCACGCAGCUAGGAACCAGUGCUUUGCACAGGCCCUCUGUAAUCUGCCAGGGGUGUGUGGGUGUGUGUUGUCCUUUCCUGGACCCAAAGUGCAGAAAAACCUUCCCCUCCCUGGAAUUGGGUCCUGAAUUAGUCCAGAAGACAGGGCUGAUGUUUUCGUUUGGCCGUCGGAAACAGUGUCCGGCCGGAAAAUCGCUGAAAUGUCUGGGAAAAUCUGGACGUAUGACAACCCAUUAAGCUGGGUAAUAUUGCAAGCUUCAGUUGUCAUCCCUAUACGGUGGUACCUCGGCUUACAUACGCUUCAGGUUACAGAUACUUCAGGUUACAGACUCCGCUAACCCAGAAAUAGUACCUCGGGUUAAGAACUUUGCUUCAGGAUGAGAACAGAAAUCGUGCUCCGGUGGCGGCGCAGCAGCAGGAGGCCCCAUCAGCUAAAGUGGUGCUUCAGGUUAAGAACAGUUUCAGGUUAAGAACGGACCUCCGGAAUGAAUUUAGUUCUUAACCCGAGGUACCACUGUAUACUGUUUCUGGUUGUUGUCUUCUUUGAUGAUCCCUCGUAGCCAAGUUAAGAUUGUCUUCCAUAAACACAGUUUUCACAGUGAGUCCGUAAGUUACUGUGGAGGCCAAUUCUGGAUCCACACGUCCUUCCACAGUGGGGACAGAGGUUUCCGGGCGGGAGUUGAUCACGGUGUGAAUUUGCCAAGCGUGCCUUCCUCUUAGCACGUUUCUCCCUUGCGUCCUGAGUUCGAGUGUCUUCAAAGCCCAGGACACAUUUGGUAAAGGCUGUUCUCCAACUGAAGCGCUCACAGGCCAGUGUUUCCCAGUUGUUGGUGUCUAUGCUACAAUUUUAAGUUUUGCCUUAAGAGAGUCUUUGAACCUCUUUUGUUGACCCACCAGCAUUACGCUUUCCAUUUUUAAGUUUGGAAUAGAGUAGUUGCUUUGGAAGACAAUAAUCAGGCAUUCGCACAUGACCAGUCCAACGAAGUUGAUGUUGCUUCGACACUGGUGAUCUUUGCUUCUUCCAGUACACUGGCAUUAGUUCACCUGUCUUCCCAAGUGAUGUGUAAAAAUUUUCAGAGGCACCGUUGAUGGAAUUUUCUGAGGAGUUGGAGAUGGCGUUUAUAAGUGGGACUGUUUGUAGUAUAGCCUCCUCCAUAGAUACAUGACUUUUCUGUUUUAAUUUUAACCCAUCCACCCCGCCUCUCUCAAUGUCUCGUUAGAACCUAUUCCAUUUCGUGACGGACAUCCAAAACAACGGCGUGGUGAAGAUACCCGAGGCGAAGGGCGACGACGCGUGGAAAGUGUACUUCGACGAAACUGCCCAAGAGAUUGUGGACGAGUUUGCUAUGAGAUAUGGAGUGGAGUCCAUCUAUCAGGCCAUGACGUGAGUCUCUGUGGGAAGAAUAAUAAUAAUAAUAAUAACUUAUUUAUUUUACCCCGCCCAUCAGGCUGGGUUUCCCCAGCCACUCAGGGCAGCUCCCAACAGAGUAUUAAAAACACGAUAAAACAUCAAACAUUAAAAACCUCCCUAAACAGGGCUGCCUACAGAUAUCUUCUAAAAGUCAUUUAGUUGUUUAUCUCCCUGACAUCUGGCGGGAGAGCUUUCCACAGGGCGGGCGCCACCACCGAGAAGGCCCUCUGCCUGAUUCCCUGUAACCUCGCUUCUCACAGUGAGGAAACAGUCAGAAGGCCCUCGGAGCUGGGUCUCAGUGUCCGGGCAGAACGAUGGGGGUGGAGACGCUCCUUCAGGGAUACCUGUGUAGGUCUUCUAGGUCUCUGAGGGCCUUCUGGCGGUUCUCUCCCUGCAAGAAGUGAGUUUACAGGGAACCAGGCAGAGGGCCUUCUUGGUGGUGGCACCCGUCCUGUGGAACGCCCUCCCAUCAGAAGUCAAGGAAAUAAACAACAAGUGAAGUUACAGUGAACCAAGCAGAGGGCUUCCUCCUCCUCCUCCUUCUGUAUUUUGUGUUUUAAUAUUCUGAUUUUAUGUUGUUGACUGCCCUGAGACCUGCAAGUAUAGGGCGGUACAUAAAUGUAAUAUUAUUAUUAUUAUUAUUAUUUAUUUAUACCCCGCCCAUCUGGCUGGGUCUCCCCAGCCACUCUGGGUGGCUUCCAACAAAGUAUUAAAAUACAGUGGUCUGUUAAACAUUAAAAGCUUCCUUAAACAGGGCUGCCUUCAGAUGUCUUCUAAAAGUCAGGUAGUUGUUUAUCUCCUUGACAUCUGGUGGGAGGGCGUUCCACAGGGCAGGCGCCACCACCAAGAAGGCCCUCUGCCUGGUUCCCUGCGACCCCGCUUCUCGCAGUGAGGGAACCACCAGAAGGCCCUCGGAGCUGGACCUCAGUGUCCGGGCUGGACGAUGGGGGUGGAGACGCUCCUUCUAUAAUAAUAAUAGUCCCUGUCGAAAUCUCGGGUUAUGUCCCAUUUUCUCUGUCGCAGCUGUCUUUCCCUGGGGCCAAACGCAAGGUUUCAGGCUGCUUUCCUAAAUCCCGAGUUGCGUUGACUGUGUUUCCCCCUCCUCUUUUCCUUGUUUUCAUUUUCUUCCAGGCAUUUUGCCUGCCUGUCUUCGAAAUAUAUGUGCCCCGGGGUGCCAGCAGUCAUGAGCACUCUGUUGGCCAACAUCAACGCUUAUUACGCUCAUACAACUGCCUCUACCAACGUCUCUGCCUCUGACCGUUUUGCCGCGUCCAAUUUCGGGGUAAGUCCGAUGGUGCGUAGAACACUCAUUUCUUACUUUUACUCUCUCCUUUUUCCCCUGGGGGGAGGGGGGUGCAUGGCGGUAGAGAGGACCCUACCAAAAAAAAACCAUCGCUGCAGAGUCCGAAAUUCGGCAAAAGAAGAAGCACCGGCUGUUCCUCUUCCCCAUGAAACGCUGCGACAGUUUUUGCAGACCAGGAAUCAGCAACGGCAUUUUAGCACUGGCUUUGCUUUGCGACCUUAUACCGUAUUUUUCGCUCUAUAAGAUGCACCAGACCACGAGACGCACCUAGUUUUUGGAGGAGGAAAACAAGGAAAAAAUAUUCUGAAUCUCAGAAGCCAGAACAGCAAGAGGGAUUGCUGCGCAGUGAAAGCAGCGAUCCCUCUUGCUGUUCUGGCUUCUGGGAUAGAUGCGCAGCCUGCAUUCGCUCCAUAAGACGCACACACAUUUCCCCUUACUUUUUGGGAGGGAAAAAGUGAGUCUUAUAGAGCAAAAAAUACGGUAAUCACAGGGUUUCUCCAGCAGUCGCUGUCGGACUACAACUCCCAUCACCCCUAGCUAGCGGGACCAGUGGUCAGGGAUGAUGGGGACUGUAGUCCAAAAGCGGCCAGAAACCCAAUGGGGAAGAACUAGAGGAGAAAGGGCACGCAAGACAAGGGGCUACCAAAACCAUGAUGCAGUGCGACUGGGAGCCGGCCAGUAUGAUUGGGAAACAUGGUCUAAUUUCAACUCUGCUAAAUUAAUAUAAUUUAAUAAGAGGCAAAUUGUAGGGAAUGUGACCCGGCCUGUUCUGCGGCGACUUUUUUUGUUGGGGUCCUCUGUAGAAGUGGUCACAGCCUGCAACCGGAUCGAGGCUUCCUGGCUUAGUCGACCUAAGGCGCUCGAGUUAUUAGGAAUGCUGUUCAUUUCUAAAUAUAUCGCCGUGCCUUCCUCGAAGGAGCUCAGGAUUGUGUACAUGUUUCCUCUCCCCUCGUGAACUGCGCGAUUAACCCAACGAGGUAGCCUCAACCGAAAGAUUGAAGGAAUGGGUUUCCCAAACCUAAAACUGACUGUGCAGGCAGUUUGAAACAGGCACCAAAAUCCCUAUUUUUCCUUAACUUGAGCUCUGAGUCAAUGUAUAAACAAAAACCCAGAUGUAUAAACAAGUGCUCAGAGCCCUCUCCUUUAUCAGUUCAUGACGGCAAGGAUGGCCUUGACUGUUCCAGUAGAACAGGGAUGACACGUCUAGGUCUUCUCUUACGUCCUGGACACACUCUGACGCACAGACCUAGUCUGGGAACAGAGCCAGAGUGUGUUGUUGGAGAUGGUGACCUCUUGCUCCAAGAUAAGAGUAGGAACAGGAAUACCCUUUUAUGGUCAGGAGUACAGGAAGGAAAACCCUUUUAUGGUUAAGAGUGCCGGAGCAGGAACAUAUGUGAUGUCAACCUGCAUACAUAGGCUGACGUGGUUGGAUUCCUGGGGAAGGGGGAGAGGGUGCCUGGAGGAUAUAUAUACUGCACGAAAUUUCUCAUUUCUUUGGACUUGCUGUGGACUGACCACGCAAGUGCCUUUCUGCUGCUCCAGAGAGCAGAAAUAAAGAACUCUUUCUCUGAACCAGCCCUCGGUGUCAUUUGACUUUCUUCCUCCCAACUGGGAGCAACGCAGAGCCCACCAAUCAGUAAAGUCUAAUAAGGCUACAAGAUGACACCGUUCAGAGGCCACACACCAAUGGUGGGAGUGGACAAAGGUGGAGGUGGCCACAAUCUAGGGUUGCCAUAUGUCCUCCUUUUCCAGGACAUGCCCUCUUCAGGUCUUGCUGACAUAUACAGCCUAGGACCCACGUACCUACGAGACCGCCUCUCCUGGUAUGCCCCGCGGAGGACCUUAAGGUCCACAAAUGACCAUCAAACCGCCGACCUUCCGAUCGGCAAGCCCAAGAGGCUCCAUGGUUUAGACCAUGUGGUCAUGUGGCCAGCAGGACUAAGCCGCUUCUGGCGAACCAGAGCAGCGCACAGAAACACCAUUUACCUUCCUGCCAGAGCGGUACCUAUUUAUCUACUUGCACUUUGAGGUGCUUUCGAACUGCUAGGUUGGCAGGAGCAGGGACCGAGCAACGGGAGCUCACCCCGUCAUUGCGGGGAUUCGAACUGCCGACCUUCUGAUUGGCAAGCCCUAGGCUCUGUGGUUUAACUCACAGCGCCACCCGUGUCCCCCUACAUGUAGGAGGGGUAUUUAAAAGGAGAGUUGUCACAACAGCGACCCUUAGUUUAAAGUAGAAGUCAGAAAAUGUGUCCUCUUUUUCGCUCUUCAAAACAUGGCAACCCUAUCAUAAUCCCACACCACACAUGCGAGACCCCAGAUGAGAGAUUGUCUGAGGACUUAAUGUACACCAUCUUGCGUUCCACGAUGGAAGAAAGCUUAUAAGAUAAAUGUGAAAUAAUAAUUUCCACAAAUCAAGGAGCGACGUCUGAAAUAUCUCCUUGCUUCCCUCUGGGGCUGAAGCAACUCCGAUUUUCAUGUUCAUAGAAUUCCUGGCUUUUGUUAUGAGCGAGGCAGUUCAUCCCCGGCCUCAAAAUGUUGAUAUAUAGAUUUACGAAGACGACGACUAAGUCAGGAAUGCUACAGGAAGGCGAUGGUUUGUGCCUUGCGGGAAAGGCGUGGCAAAGUCUGGAAAGGUGCCGAUCUUGAGAUCAUUUCCCCCAGUGCAACUACUGUCGCCUGCUAAGACUCAGAAGGGAUACUUAGUGAAGCGCUGUGCUAGGGAGACAUUUUGAGCCUUAUCUUGGAAAGCAUGAUGGAGAAAUUGAGCUUUCACACCAGAGACCGUAUUUUUCGCUCUAUAGGACGCACCCGACCAUAGGACGCACCUUGUUUUAGAGAAGGAGAACAAGAAAAAAAAUUCUCCCCCUCUCUGCUCAGCGCCCCUUCAGCGAAGCGGCAGGAGAAACGGAGCCCCUUCCAUUUCUCCUCCCGCUUCGCCGAAGGGGCGCUGCGCAGCUCUCCCUCUCUGCUGAAGCCAGGAGAGUCUUGCUCUCCCGGCUUCAGCUAAAGGAACCCGAAGCCUUUGGAACGCAGCGCGAGUUCCCGCUGCGCUCCAAAGGCUUCAGGCGGCUAUCUCUGAAGCCUGGAGAGCGAGAGGGGUCGGUGCGCACAGACCCCUCUCCCUCUCCAGGCUUCAGCGAAAGCAACGUGUAGCCUCCGGAGUGCGGAGGGAGGCUUCGUGUUGCUAUCGCUGAAGCCAAGCAGCCUGCAUUCGCUCCAUACGACGCACACACAUUUCCCCUUAAUUUUUGGAGGGGGAAAGGUGCGUCCUAUAGAGCGAAAAAUACAGUAGGUGGGGAGCUGUCCAGCAGUCAGAAGGGAAUCCAGUCCGGGGGUCAGGUUGCCGAACCACGUUCUGGGUUGCAACUGGUUCGGGAGCAGAGGAAAAGUUUGGAGGGCAGAAAGUUAAAGUUGAAGGGGAAGGGGAAUCUACUGGGAUGCUGGAAAUUUGCGGCGAGCUCGGCGCCUCAGUUACCGCUCAUGCUGAUGCGCCCGCUCUCACUUAAAUAA